GCUAGAGUUGCGUCACUUGCGUGCAGCCUGUUGCAUUGCGUUAAUGCGUUGCUUGCACGGUCCUUGCUAUCUGUGUAAGCAUUUGAUUCGAAAUAAGGUUUUGCAUUACAAAUUUGUAUUUUUUUUUAUAUUUAACAAUGUAAAAAAAAAAACCCGAGAUGUUUUAAAAGCAUGCCAAUUCAUUCCUAAAUUCGAAGACUGCGGCCGUGCGCCCGUGCCGUCCCCGUCCGUGCACCGUGCCCGUGCGUCCUCCAAACCGCUCCAAACUGCGAAGCAAAAAUGGGUUGGAAAUUUUUUUCGUAAUUGAAAUCUGAUAACUUUACUUAAAAUAAAUUAAAGUUGCUGUUAUAAAAUACUAAAUAAAAUAUUGAAUAAUAUUGCACAUCUACUUGGCAACUAACAACGAAAUGAAAAUUGAAAACAAACAGACUUCUGCAGUUCUGCUUAACCGUGAAGUGGCUUAACAGUUAACACUCUUGAUCUUGAAUUACAACGAACAAAAGAAGCAUUGAAUUUUGUAACUUACUUAAAACAUCGUGACUUUUUAUAGCGAUGAGGUUUUCGUCUACAUUUUUUUCACGAUGUAGCACUGACAUGUUGGAGAAUUUAAAAACAGAAGCCACAAUGUAUUUCCACUGGCCUUUUUGUAAGAACAUCUGCACUUUUUGCAGUUUCAACAAAUAUAAGAAAGUGGAAAAUAGUUUUGGUAAAAUUAUUGAUGAAAGAAUGGAAAAAUGUCUUAUUAAAGAGACUGAAACAAUAUUUGGGUUUACUGGAAUUAAGAAAAUUAAUUCAAUCUAUUUUGGUGGUGGAACACCUAGUUUAGCUCCCACAACUACUAUAUCUAGAAUAAUAAAUUGUGUUAAGCAAUUGACAAAUGUUGACGAACAAGCUGAAAUAACAAUAGAGUGCAAUCCAUCAUCUUUGAGUAUGACACAGACACUUGAAGAAUAUUUCAAAUUUGGUAUCAAUCGUGUGUCUGUUGGUGUACAGAGUCUAGAUGAUGGAACAUUGAAAGUUUUGGGACGUGAUCAUUCUGCAAAUGACAGUGUGAUGCUGCUAAAAAGUGCCCUUGAUGUAUUUGGAUCAGAUGCUGUGUCAGUUGAUCUUCUCUUUAGGAAACCAGGUGAUACCAUUCAAUCAUGGAAGAAUGAACUUAAUGAGAUACUUAGCUAUAAACCACAUCAUAUUUCCUUGUAUGAAUUGACUCCUGAAAGGGGGACACCUUUGUUUAGACAGCUCCAAUCAGGAACAGUGGUGCUACCAAAUGAAGAUGAUGCAGCCUCUAUGUAUAUACUUGCUUUAGAACUGUUGAAAGAAUAUGGCUUUGAACGGUAUGAGAUCAGUAACUUCGCAAGGGCAGGUUCAUGUGCCCAAUCGUCUCACAAUAUGUCAUAUUGGAAUGGAACGCAGUACGUUGGAAUCGGCCCUGGUGCACAUUCGAGAUUUUUCCCUCUAGGAGCAAAUUCGCGAGAAUCUCGUGUUCAGGCGUUAGAUCCCAAGUCGUGGCAAGAUUUAGUGGAAAGAAAUGGUCAUGCCACACGAUUGUGUAGACAACAAAGCCAAAUAGAUGUCUUGUCUGAAUUAGUAGCCACAUCACUUAGAACCACUAAAGGAAUACAACAAAAGAGGUGGCUUAUAUUUCAACCAGAAUAUUCCCUGGUUGAUGUUUUUGAACAAGCCCCAUCGAUUCAAAUAUUAUUUCUUAGUGGGAACCUUCAGUGGAGCGUCGAUGGCAGUUUACAAGCAACGGAAAAAGGCCUCAAUGUUGUUGACUCCAUUUUACCGAAUAUCUUAACAGUAUUAAAUGAAUUUUAUGAAAAAAAUAAAUUAAAAGUUUAGCCUUCCUUUUGAGAAUAGUUACUGGUUCUUCGUCAUGCACUAUCACUGUAAACUACGUAACAUUGUAUAUUGUAAGUAUUUCGUUCUAGCGUUAUGGUAUUUGUGGAGUCAUUGAAUUUCCCGCAAAAAAUAUAAACAAAAUUCCAAGUAACUCGCCAACUCACCUCCAGAUGGAUAUUGUUAGUGUUAGUGUUGUGUGGCCAGUGUUAUAGUGUUAGCAGUGGUGUAGCCGUGGCAAACAACUGCAACAUCACAUUCGUCUGCAAAAAUUGUGUGUAGCAACAGAUGAAAUGAAGUGAACGCUUUUUCUUAUUUGUUUUAAAAUAAAUUUUGAAGCAUGGAAUCAGCAAAACUGGAUGAAGAAAAGUUAAGAGAGGCUGCGUGCUACGGUGAUCUGGAAGCUAUCAAAACGUUACUCAAAAAAGGUGUAAACAUAAAUUCCCAACAUAGCAUCAACGGCUGGACUGCACUUCAUUGGGCUGCCAAGAGAAAUCAACUUGAUGUUGCCCAUUGCUUACUAACAAAUGGAGCGGAUAAGACUAUGGAGAGUUUUGCUAAGGAAACUCCUGCCGAUUUGUCUACCAGUCCAGCUGUUUUGAAUCUCCUUGGUUCACCUAUGACUAAAGAAAAGCCAGAAGAGUCUGAUAAGAAUGAGAUAACUCCUCAUUACUUAGCACAUUUAAACUCUGGAUACAAAGUUGAUCUUCAGGAACACUCAAGAAUAUCCAUGCCACUUCCUCAUGGAAGAGAUGUGGUCCAUAAAAAAGAGUUGGUAUUUAAGCUUCGAAUUGCUUACUCUACUGACAUAGAUUUCAUUGAAGUUGAAAUUGACAGAUCCGAAUUGAAUUACCAGCAGUUCUUAGCUGUCUGUUGUUCAGAACUUGGUCUAAACUCAAAAUAUGUUGAGAGGCUUCGCAAAUUACCCAAUACCAGACUGAGGAAAGAUAGAGAUAUACAAAGGUUACAAGAUUUCCAGGAAAUAGAAGUGGUUCUUGUUGGGAGUAAACCUAAGAUGGCCAUUGAGUCAGAUUCUCCGAAUAUUGUUGGACCAGCUUUGAAGAAUCAAAAUCAAACUAUUCUUUAUUAGCAGCAACAUUACAAUCUUAAUAUGAGAAUUCAUUCGCCAAGUUUUAAUUCCAAUAAUAUUUCGUUAUUAUUUUCCGUUAGCAGAUUAUUUAUUUGCUUGUUCCAUUUCUAUUUUUCCAAGUUUCAUACGUUUGAUUCUUUCAUAUUUUACAGUUCUCAUGUUAAAUUUUUUAAAUCAUAAAAAUAUUCAGAAUCUCGGUCUAAAAUCCUUUUGAGCCUAAUUGCAAAGAUGUUUGGCCAAUUAUGUACUCUAUUUGCAAGUUGCAAAUAACUUAUUUGGAUGUCCGUCA